ACGAGGGGCGGGUAUUGCCUCUCAGUACAUAUCCCUUGCCUGUCCUCUGAACUUUGAGACAGCCACAAGCAUCACUCACAGAGAUGCAGCAGACUGGAAAUUAAACAAAGCAACUCUUUAGUACAACAGCUAGUAAACGUCGCUUUCCACAAACCGCCUACUAUGGACGAUUACCAUCUUUUCUGUGCAUCGUGUCGAAAAACGGAGAAAAGACAAACAACGAUGUGCUCACUGAUACUCUUCAUUCUGUCAUUGUUCAUGUUGGCAUCCCCCGUAGCAACGGCGGAGACACUUUGCGGUGGAGAACUUGUGGAUACUCUGCAGUUCGUGUGUGGAGAAAAUGGGUUUUAUAUCAGCAGGCCGAACAGAUCAAACAGCCGCCGUCCUCAGAGAGGAAUAGUGGAAGAAUGCUGCUUUCGUAGCUGUGAGCUGCGUCUGUUGGAGCAGUACUGUGCAAAACCUGUAAAGUCUGAGCGAGAUGUUUCCUCCACCUCGCUGCAGGUCUUCCCAGUGUCCCAGUCUCUACACAAGGACAUUUCAGGAGGGCCUCUUGGUGUGAAGUAUUCCAAAAAUGAAGUGUGGCAAAGAAAGCCUGCCCAGAGGUUAAGGAGAGGGGUCCCAUCAAUCCUGCUUGCCCAAAAGUUUAGGAGGCAGGUGGAGAAAAUCCAAGAUGAGGAGCAAGCCAGUUUCCACCGCCCCCUCGUGACUCUCCCCAACAGACACCGUGAAAUCCUUCCAUACAUCCAGAUCAACACGUCCCACAAAUGAUGGCCAGCCUUCCUAAAUGGCAAUAAACAAGGGAUUAUAGCCAAGUCUUGGUCAGUAGAGGCACUUUUUUCAUGAACCACACCACUCAGCCACCGUCUUUGUCAAAUCCAGAUUAUGAACACUGUGUAUUAUCAGCCUUCGAAAUGCAAGAAGUUAACGUUGAAAGUGAAUGUAAUGCGACAGGAGAGAUGAAUGCAGUCUUGGUGAAUAUCAUGGGGAUGCCCAGAACUGAUGCUGAGGAAGUUGCCAGAAUCUUGCUUUGCUUGAUUGUGAAUGUCAUAUUUUAAGGAAUGAAAUUAUCGAGAUUAGAGUCCUUUACCUGCACCUUUAGAGUGCCACACCUUUGGCAUAUAGACAGAAGUAAGGAAAAUGUUGUCUGGCUGUGCAAAGCCAAGGACUGAUGUUAACAGCACUAUUUUUUUUUUUUUUUUGUGGACUGCUAAAUAUGAUAACAUUAUGGUGCUAACUUUGCAAAAGGACUCACAAGGAGUUUGCUAAAGAGUUUUUCCGUUUUAGGAAAA